AUGAAGUCCGUCUACGCUGCCCUCAGGCUCCUCCUCGCCGCCUCUCUCCCCGUCGCCUUCGCUGCAACUGCAGAGGAAUGGCGUGGCCGGUCAAUAUACCAAAUAAUUACCGACCGCUUCGCUCUUCCCCAGGGAUCAAGUUCUUCCACCUGUGAUCCCGGUGCUCAAACAUUUUGUGGCGGAACCUGGAACUCUAUUCGCGAGAAUCUCGAUUACGUCCAGGAUGCUGGAUUCACGGCAAUAUGGAUCAGUCCCGUCAACCAGAACUAUGAAGGCCCUCGCUCAGCCUAUGGCGACCCAUAUCAUGGCUAUUGGAUGGCUGAUAUAUCCCAACUCAAUAGUCGCUUCGGAACAGCCGAAGACCUCAAAGCCCUCUCAGCCGAACUCCACCGUCGAAAUAUGUACCUCAUGGUCGACGUCGUCGUGAACAACGUCAUGGCAACUUCCACCACCCCGGAUUAUUCCAAAUAUUUCUUCAAGGAUGCUUCCUUCUACCACCCCUACUGCCCAAUCCAAUGGGGCAACGCCACCAGUGAGGAAGAGUGCUGGAUGGGCGACGAAAGGGUCCCACUUCCGGACAUCGACACUCGGAACCCAACUGUCAUCUCUCGAUACGGAGAAUGGAUCACAAACCUCGUCAAGGAGUACUCAAUCGACGGUCUACGUAUCGAUGCCGCCAAGCACGUUCAGAUGGACUUCUGGCCACAAUUCUGUGAGAAGGCUGGCGUCUUCUGCAUGGGAGAAGUCUUUGGGGGCCAGGAAGUCGACCCCAUAGCACAAUACCAGGGAGCACAGGCCUUGGACUCCGUGCUCAAUUUUCCUAUGUAUACCGCCCUCGUCGAGGCCUUCAAGAUCCCUGGCCCAGCAAACGUCUCGGCAGUUGCGCACGUCUUUGAAGAAUCCAGGACAAAGUUCAAGGAUGUGGGCCUCUUGGGUAAUUUCCUCGAGAACCAUGAUCUUCCCCGAUGGCAUAACCUCUCGGUCGAUCCUCAGAGCAUGUACAAUGCCAUGACGUUCAAUUUCAUGUCUGAUGGAAUCCCCGUCGUGUACUAUGGACAGGAGCAGGCCUUCAGCGGCAGCGCUGAUCCGUUCAAUCGCGAGCCUCUCUGGCCCUCGGAAUAUGCGAAGACCGACGCCUACAAGCUCAUGGCCACUCUCAACCAGCUCCGCAACUUCCUCGUCAACACCACUGAUUGGGUCAAGCAAGAGGCCGAACUCCUGACCACUAGUCCGUACGGCUUUGCUUUGAUGAAGGGCUCCGUCAUCUCCAUCCUUACCAACAUUGGCUCUCCUCCUCAGAACGGCACCCACAUCGCCGUCACCUCUCCUUACGCAUCGGGCACCGCGAUGAUCAACAUCCUCACUUGCCAACAGUGGGCGGUCGGCGCCAAGGGCAUGCUCGACGCACAGUACACGCUUGGCGGCGUCCCGACGAUCCUGAUCCCAAGUGACAUGCUUGAUGGAUCCGGUCUGUGUGGCGCAGAGCUGAGAACCACAGCUAACAACGGCGGUCGGGCGGACGCGCUCAGCUCUAGCCCCCACCUGUCGCCCUUCGCCUCCCCCUUCUCACUCGCUCUGAUCGCUCUGAUAUCCCUAUUCUUCGCCAUGACAAGUUGA